AUGGCCUUGCGGCUAGCACUAAGAGCUCCUAGGAGCCGCCUCUACAAUUGCCUUUCGACCACAGCCAGGAGAGUCUACUCAACAAGUAAACAAUCGGAUUACUUUACUGUUGAGCUGAGCCCGAAGAUCAAGGAUCCCUCAAGGCUAUUACAAACCGUCAGAUCACAAAUAAACAUCACCAAUCCAAGCCGCCACGAUGCAGCAGUUAUACUGGCAACUCCACAGUAUGCGCAAUGGCUAGGCAAAAAUGAAUUCAUGUCUGAGUUUGUAGACAUGCUGUCAGGUUCUGACGGGACUGGCGAGUUCCAUACUCUGGGCGCCGUUGUUGACCACAUCGCCCCGCCAGUGCCGAACAACAAACCCAUUCAGGGCAUAUCUAUCCUCCGUGGCGACCUCGACGGCAUCCUACCAGGAUUAUGGACAGAGGCGCCCCCAAAGGAAUGGUCGGACGGUGGGAAGGUGUCAGCUCUAACGAUGGAUCUUGGCAGCCCGCAUAUCACUAUCCCUCUUACCAACACCACUUUUCAGAACCACAGGACCUCGACACUUAUCAUCAGCCGCUACGACUUGUCAACCGGCUCUCCGAAACUUAUUGAGCAGACUGACAAAAAGCAUUUGCAGAAAGUAACCAUUCCCGUUCGGAAAAGGCUCUCGUCAAUCAACGACCUUGGUAUCUGGGCUCCCCUCGUACCUUUGACUCAACCCCGUGUGGUGACUGAGAGCUUUGGUAAUAUCGUACGGCGAAUCGACAUUGAAGACGAAUCAGUUCCAGCAUCAAGUGAGCUCGAGCCUGCAGUGGACGAGCUCCAUGCCAGCAAAUCGGACUUGGUUCAGUCUCCUAUGGGUAUCUGGGCAAUGAUCACACCUCCGACUUUUGUUCAAUCAGGGGACAGCUCGCCCUAUGUCAAUCCGGAUCCCGAGGCAACGUUUUCUGACGGCCAAAGCAUCACGGAGCUAACGGCUGUAACCUCGGACCAACUGGGUAACCUGUAUAGGCAAGGGGGUAGAUUAUAUCAAGUUUUGAGUGGUGGCGGUGGCUGGGGGGCGAAGAAGGGUUUGCUGUCGCUUGACCCCGAGCAAACUCACUUUGUUGUAUCUGAAGAAGAAGAGAUGCAAAGGUUCAUCCAAGCUAUGGAAGGGGGCAACUUUGUCCCUGUGAGUUCCAAAAUCCAGUUCUUUGUAUCAACAGAUGCUUCUGCUAAGGAGCCGGUCGGAAACAAGCAAACCGGUGUGGUGUUUGGAACAUCCAGCAAGGUCGAGGUCGAAACUGAUGUGAACCCUUCUCAACCUGAGGCACUAUUGUUGGAGAAUCAUUUCGGCGCUCUCUCCAACGUAGGUAUCUUUGUAACCUCGUCCGAUGCUUCCAUGUUUUUAAAACCUGGGUUCAACAACGACUGGAAACUCAACGUGCCUAACUCUCGAAUAUAUGCCGUAUAG